UGAACACCCACAGUGGGGCUUUUCUUUACCUUCAUUGGGCAACAGUCUGUUCAGCACUAUUUUGUUGUUCAGCCUCAACGAGUUUACAUUGCCCCGUUUCGUCCACGGCAAGGGUGGUCUUUCCUUUACCGAGAUCUUGGACACAGUGACGCUCUGUCGGCGUAAUUUUCCCCGUCGAUCGCGGUAUCCGUUUCCGAUACAAUCCAGAAAUCUUGAAACGAGCGACUCUCCUUACCUCCCUCCACCAUCACCAUGGCCAACUACCUCCCAGUUUUACUCGUUUCGGUGUCGACGAAUGCGACGCCAGACGACUCUGCUCUAUCAACCCUGCCACGCGGUCAGGUUGACUACUUAAGCCACGACUGGCAAGAAGAGGACGUAUGGAAAUCGUGGCGCAACAUGACGAGGCAAAAGAACGAAAUUGCCAACGGAAUGCGUCUAGAGAACGCCAGCUGGAGAACUUGGUGGAAACAGCGGAACAAGCUCAAGACAGUGUCCCCAGAGACGCUCAACUGGUUGAAGGAUUCAGAUGUAACCUGGCUCUAUGGCCCUCUACACACAGCGGUAGAAUGGACCCCACCCCCACGCAAGUCGACUGUCACUCCAAAUGACCAUCUUGACUUGUCUUCACCCAAACAUAAACCUAUUUUGAAACACCGCAACCUUAGCGAGUUUCUUACUUCGGAUCUACCCCACAGUCCGGCCUUCAGCCCCUCGGAGAGCGACAGCGAACAAGGCGCUAACCAACACUUGGAACCUCAAAACGGCGUUUCUGUAGGCAAUCAAUCACGGCCUCCAUUAGGGCACACCAAAUCCGACACUCACAUCACUCGCUGGGGCCCAGAUCGUGCAUUUCGCAAGGAUUCGCCCCCGAGAAUCGACCCACCCUCCACUAGCGCUCAAGACCAAGACCGUAUAUCCGCCACAUUACGUUCAUCAAACCACGCCUACAGCGGCACCGAUCUCAACGGCUACUUCCAGGCACAUCUGCGGUCCAGCGACUAUUCCCCCGUCUCCGGAUCCGAUGCGAACAACAGUGCCAACACGAACAGCUCCUCACAUCAGACUCUGCCAAAGAAGAAGCAUAAGCAUAUCACUUUCAAUACCUUCGUCGAACAAUACAUAGCAAUUGAUAAGCCCAAGUCUUCCCGAUCCAAGAAGGUCAAGAAGGGCAAUGUAUCUCUACCCGGUGGGAAUCGCUCUGGCUGGGAUGGCCGGACAGGAGCAAAGGGUGUCAACUGGCAGAUGAAUUAUGAAGAUGACGACGAAGACGAAGAGGGUGAUGAGGGAGGUUAUGAUGAAGAUGCCGAGAUUUCUUCUGCGUCCUCACAGACAUCGUCCGAUGAAGAGGAUCCUCCGUCGCAUUGGGAGAAACGGCAUUCUCAGUCGCCGUCUUAUCCUUCAGCACACAAUGAUGAUGCGUACGCCGAUAAUGAAUGUGCUAUCUGUACCGAUUCAGAGUCAGAAACUGAAUCUUCGCAGCCUCAAACGGCUUAUUCCUAUCCCCUCGUAAAUAAAGUUCAGGACGAUUCUGAUGACGAAGACGAUGGUAUAAUCGAAAUGCGGCCCUCGAGGCACACCCAGGUCUCGACCGCACCUACACCCGCCAGCCAAAGGUCGCAAUCAAAGGCGUCCAAUGCGUCCUCGUCGACCUCGACCUCAUCUACAUCGACCUCGUCAUCGAUAAACGCCGAGUCUCCGAAUUCGACAACUCCAGAAUCAGGUGGUGAGCAGCGUCAGAGGCGGGGUUCCAAGCCCGGAAGAAAUGUCAAGACGGCGUCUAGGCGGCGUCACUCUUCCAGCGCCUCAGCAGCGACUCUCCGUCCCAAGGCACCUCCGUCAUCCACCUCUUCGUCUUCUUCGUCCUCUUCGUCCUCUUCAUCCUUACUCCCAGCCAAUACCCUAUCUCCCUAUACCUCGACUUCUGGACCAGGCCAUGAACAAGCUAUGCAGAGUCAUCCCACGCACACCGUCAGCACAAUUGCACCUAUCGCCCCGACAAUGUUAAAAAUUGGUGGUGGUGGCGAUGACUGGAGUUGGGACGGGUUUGGCGUGCGUCACCAUUUCUCCGGGCACCAUCGUAGUGGCAAUCCACAACAUAAUGAGCUGUGGAUGGAAGGCUUUGGUGACGAGGGCUGGAGUGACGAAGGGUAUAGCAACAUCUAUGACGGUGCCAAGGACAGUGGGAUGGCUUCGGGAGCACCGGUGGAAUUGGUGUAUGUUCCCAACCCAGCGCUGGGAAGAGGGUUUAGCGGGAUGUACAGACACGAUGUCCUCCUUGGCGUUGACGAAAGCGAUAAGGAUGAUGAUGAUGAUGCAGUACCCCGAGCGCGUCUUGCCGAGAACGGUGGUGAAACGACGUAUCACCAUAAGGGGGCGUACUUUAGCAUCGAAGAUGAUCCUAGACAACAGUUGAAGGUGAAGAAACUGGAACGCAGGGCUGGAGGUCCACCUUCGGCUAUGCGUAUAGUGUUACGCACGCCACCUCAGGUCCAGGUUGAUGCUGAGGAUAGCCCGUAUGAUUAUUUUGGCGGCAUGGAUAUGAAUCCAGGUGAAGAUUACUUUGGACGUCCUAGUGCAGCCGGUAGGAGAAGAGUAGCGAGAAGAGAGGAUGAUGUGGUCGAAGACGAGAGGAGGGAGAAUGCCGUUCCUAUGUCUCAAUCGAUGGCAGAUCCGGUGAGCAUUCCUAAGGUAUCAAGACCUACGUCGCCUCCCAUAUCGUCAUCGCUACAACCGCCGCCUACACGUGGACGGGCUUCGUCCCCAACGCGGCCGUCGCCAGCCGCUUCUUCGUCGUCGUCAGCAGCGGGUGUUGCUCCUCGUGGUAGAUCCCUAACACGUUCGCCAUCAUGGUCGAGUGGUGUGUCGGACCGCGAGCGGUCAAGGUCGAAAAGUGUCAGCUCGACAUCACCGAUGGGAAGCUUAUCGCCCGAUGGCAGCCAUAGCAGCAUUAGCGCUGUGGCUGGCGGUUUAUACGUUGGUAGUCGGUCGCAGAGCGCCAGGACGGGAAGAAGGAAAGAGAGCCGACGGUUAGGAAGUCCGAGUGGGAGCAGCGUGAGUCCUGAUGCGGGUUCGACAACGCUGGACCAAGAUUCUCUCUCUUCUUCUAUCACCUCUUCGAGGACAGUUCGACCCUCGCAAGGGUCGGUGGAGGACAUUUCGGAGUCCAGACCUUUGGCGUCCUCUCAGGCAGAGCAUGGUGCAGCUUUUGCUAUCACGGAAGAGCCGAGAUGUCCUGUUGAAGACGCGGAUACACCGCGUUCAUUGCAGCCUACGCCGACAAAUUCGCCUUCUAGGAAUCUGAGAAUAUCACAUCCUAGUCCCAACUCAACGCCGACAAAGUCGUCAGCCCAUGACACUGAAUCUGACUCGAACUGCACGACUCCGACGCCAUCGUCUCCUACUCAAGGGCAUCUGUCGUUGUCAAAGCAACCUGCAAGAAGUACGGGCCGACGGAGUACGUCCGACUCUAGCUCUACUUUCCAGUCAAAUAGGGUAAUGCAUGACAAGGAUGACUCGUUAAUGGGUCGGAUGGUCAAUUCUGCAGGGUCUUAUCUGGGCUUCUGGCACUGAGAUUGCAAUUUUUUUUUGAUACGCAUGC